AUGGAACAGAUACCUGGGAACAAGAGCACGUCUGGUCCAGACGAGGAGAAAAUUCUGACGAGCGGUCCAGAUGGAGCGCUGCCUUCAGACGGCAUGCAGGCCUCGUCCCAGGAUGACCCACUGGUCACAGAGUCUGUCAUGGUGAGUGACAGCGCUGCAGACGAGGAGGAUCUGAUGUUGUGCUUCUCUGAUCCCUCACAGGUCGUGGAUCAACUGCCCAAGCUGAUGGAGCAGAUCCUGUUUCUGACGGAAAACUCCUCUCACGUGGAUAAAACGCUGGAUCAGAUCACCGAGCUGGCCAUACGUGAAAUGGAAAAGGAAAAGGAGGAACUGAUUCUGCAAGAAAAGUUAUUGAGGGACAGAAAUGCGAAAGAGAAAAAGAGAGGUGCCAUGUUCAAAAACAGUGUUCUCGUCUUUAACUCCUUAGAAACAAAUGAAAUGGACAAUCUAUUGGCCGAUUACGGUCAGAAGGUGACAGAGGUGAAUUCCUGCUGCGUGGAGGGAGACUCGUCCCACCUCAGCCCCUUGGAGAAGAUGUGUGACAUUGAGCACCACCUGUCCAUGAUAAUACAGGAACUUGAUGAAAUGCCUAAAUAUCUUUUCCAGCAAUUGAAGCAACUCCUGAACAUCUUGAAGAACAUCAGUCUGCAAAAGAAAAUACUCCAGCAGGAGAAGGAGAAAGAGGCAGAGAGAAAGGAAAAGUGCAUGAAACGAGCAAUGGGAGAGAGCAAGAAAACACUUGGAAAAAAGCUUGGUCCAAGAACCAUGGUCAGGAAGCAAACCAAGGAGAUCCCUAAACCCAACGAACCUGAAGAGAAAGACCCACUUGCUGAUCUCCUCACUGACGACUUCAACUAA